AUGACGACAAUAGCCGCUGGGGUUAGGAUGAGGAAAAGAAUAGCAAACACAAUGCAAAUGAUACUUCGAUUCGAGGACGGAUCUUGCUCGUUCUCGCUUGCCGCCAUCGCCAAACAACAACAGCCUGGAAAAACAGAAUGUGAAAAGGAACAAACCUCUCUGACUCGCGUUUCACCACCAGGAACGAUCAAGGCAAAUGAAAAAUUAUCACCACGAUCACUUCUUGCCUUUUGCGAGGAGGCCCGACCAAAGGACACACUAACCGUUCCUGGUGGUGAAACGCGAGUCAGAGAGUUAUCUGUAGUUGAUAUACUUGGUGAUGGGUAUAAUGAGGAACUACCACCGCGUCGUGUCACUCCAAUCUUUCAUCAACCACAAGCACAACCACAACGAGAUCUCAAUCGAUCCCGAUCACAAAUCGAUCAUCAAAUCGCUUUCAUCUCGUCUCCACUCAGCGUCGCUCGUUUUGCCAUUAUUGAAAAAUAUGUGGCU